AUGUCUCGCAUCUCCAAGGACCAGAUUAUUGAAUUCUCGUUGGAAGAGGUCCGGUCCGAGAAGACACGACUGGCGUGUUCGUUGCUGGGGCGCCUCUUCACGGUGAAUAACGUUUCGUUGCGAGAGCUGCGUGAUACUGUGAACAAUUCGUGGCAAGGCCAGGGACGCAUCAGGGUAAGCCAGGCUGCUCAUGGAUUCUUGGAGUUUGUCCUGCCCAACAAAACGUCCAAGGCGUGGAUCUUGAAGCAAACUCCGUGGGUCAUUGGGGAUAAGAUCCUUCAUCUCCGAUCGUGGACCCCUUCGAUCACUCGGCGCACCUUUGAGGAGCUAGCCAUCGCCCUGUUCCGUAUCCAGAUGUGGGGCGUUCGUGAUGAGUGCUACACUCACCAGUUUGGGAGGAAGAUGGCGUCUGCAGCACUGGGACGGGUGAUUGAAGCUGGCCUGUUUGCGUGUAGUGACACUGAUCAAAAGUUCAUCAAGGUGAAAGCCAUGAUCGACUUUUCCAAGCCCCUUCGAUCUCAGCUUAUGGCUUCUAAUGACGAGACCGGGGCUUUUUGGAUUCGGCUGAAGUAUGAACACCUGCCGAGUUUCUGCUACCAUUGCGGCCGUGUAGGCCACUCUCGACAGGCGUGUGGGUUUGAUCCACCCUCCGGGACAAAACGGUAUGGCCCCCAUAUGACUACUAAGAAAAUGGGGCGGAGGAUCUUUGAUGAUGAGGAGGAGGCUCCCCAUUACCCUCCGCGAUCGGUAUGGAUAAACAAGGAGAUUCGGGGGCAAAAGGAGCCGGAAUAUGCAGCGAAUCGGGAUCGAAUGGAGGAGGAUCGUGGGUUUGUGUCCUCGACAAAGCAACCUGUCCAAGACCCCUCGCCACUUUGGUUGGGCACUUCGUACAUGCCAUUCUUGGAGACGGAGCCCCGCGUGCAUCAAAACCGGAACUCGUUCUGGGUCGCCGUCUCUAAGGGGCCGAGGGUGGUUCUUGGAGGUCAGGGACGUAAGGGGCCUAUACGCAAGAAGGCUGAUGCUCCGACCCCCAUGCCUCCACUUCCUUGUGAAUCCAUGGUGGAGGCCAAAGAUCGGCCCCGAGAUAGGGCUCACCAACGUCGGUCCCGUCAUCGGGUACAUGGGGAACGUCGUGAGAAGCAGCAGCUGCUGCAUGGAGAGGUCCGCCAGGAGCAGCCCAUUCUACCUUCUGAGAGGGAGGUUUCUCGUCGGCGCCGUUUAGUGUUACUGGAGGAAUCUGAGGACGAGUUCUUCGUCCAUGAAGUCCCGGUUGCGGAGGGCGGGACGGAUAGAGGGCAAGUGGAAAAUCAGCCCAUGCUAAGGGCGGAUCAGGGUGAUGACCAGACCUCCACUCGGGCGGGCCAGCAGCGGCGGAAAUUAAAGAACUUGGUGCUGGACCCGUCGACUGUGGCCCAGCGGAAGUGCAGCAGGUCAGGAAAUUAA